AUGAAGAUACAGGAGCCGCCCUCUACCCUAGCCUCUACAGGCAGGAAGGCAGGAAAGCAGGCUUCGUGGGUGAUUGGGAAUUGGACUACUUUACCAGAGGGGGGCUACCGGAAAAAGGCUCAGCUUUGGUCGCCAGCUUGGGAUGGUGUAAUUGAUUUGAAGAGGCCUACUGCUCCUGCCGUCUGCAUGGGGGCAGGGGGCAGCCACCUGAGCCCCGCUGGUCAGGCUGCUGCUGCCCCUCCUGCUGGCGGCCAGGGGGCAGCGUCCUCUCGCCGCACCCUUCAGGAUGGCCCCAGGAAGCUGGCGCGCCCCCUCAUCUCGCGUGGCCCGCGAGGGGCGGGGGGGCUGCUGUCGUCGCUGUGGGGCGGCUUUGCUCCGGAGGCUGCAGCCCCGCCCGCAGCUAGUGACACUGAGCCAAGGGAGCUGGCAGCGGACUCGCGUGUGUGGGCCUUCACAUACGAGGAUGCGGGGGGAGGGCCCGAUGAAGACAGAAAGUACCUGGUGUGCCUCACCAGUGCGGCCGCGCGCCUGGAGGCGGUGGCCCCCCUUGGCACGCUGCUGCUGGUGAACGUGGGGUCGCUGCUGCUGCAGCCGGGCCUGUACUCGCUGUUCCACAACAACGUGUGCGAGCUGGGCGCCCACUGGGACGUCCCGCGCGGAGCGGCCGUGGCACCGCUGGACCUCCUCUUUGCCGCCUGCGCCUCCAUGCAGAACUGGCUGGCCAUUGACGACGACCACCUGGCGGUGCUGCACACGCGGGGUGCGCAGGACUUGGGUGCGGGCUCCUUCCUGCGCUUUGUGGCGGCGUGCUACCUCACGUUCAGCGAGGAGUUUGACUUCACGGUGGAGGCCCUGCAGGAGCUGCCGGUCGCACCACUGCGCAGCGGGCCUGCUUGGGCGUCCCACCGCCGGGGCAGCCCCAGCGAGGGCGCCUUUGGCACCGCCACCGCUGCACAGCGCCGCUACUGCCAGUACUUCGACAUGCUGCACAACAAGACCAUGCCGGCACGGCGCAUGGGCGCGCUGCACCUGCGGCAGGUCAUCCUGAGUGCUGCGCCGGGCGUGGAUGGCCAGGGCGGCUGCCGGCCGUAUGUCAAGGUCUUCUGGAGGGGGCAGGAGGUCAAGACCAGUGCGCCCGACCGCCAGGUGCCCGCCAAGCACACGGCGGCAUCGGGGUGGCAGGUGCCGUUCGAGCUGGGGGUGGAGGUGCAGGGGGACGUGGCCAUCACGGUGCACCACUACACCGGCGACAUCUGGGCCGACGACCAGCUGCCCCUCCUCGUCUACGCCUUCCACACCGCCUUCACUGAGGCCGGCCUCGUGCGCGUCCCUCGUGCACAGCUGGACAGCGCAUACGGAGGCGCACUGGAGGUGCCCCCCGACUUCUUCCUGGACAUGAUCCUGGAGCCGUCCGCGGCCGCAGUGCACGCGCGCGCGGGGGUGGGCCGGGUCAGCCAGGACGGCGACCUCGACACGGACGGGCCCGACUGGAAGGACCUCCUCCUGGCAGGCACGCAGCAUGACGCACCCGCGCACACCGCAGCGCAGGAGAAGGGCCGCCGGCAGCAGGCCGUGAUGCGCAACGUGAUGAGUGAGAUGAAGGCCGGCUUCGCCAGCGGGGGCACAUCGGCCCUCCUGCGCAGGACGCCGGAACGGAGCCCCUCCAAGGCAGACGCCGACACGCCCACCUCGACGGCGCCGGAUGCACCACCCGGCACAGAAGCGGGGCACCCAGCUGACGCCAGCGGGAGCGCUGGCGCGGGGCGCCUAGAGCCCGCCGACAUCCCCAAGUUCGUGCCCCCGCCUCCCGCCGCCGCCCCCCCCUCGCCCCUCUACGUCGCCUCCUCCCCCACCUCCGCCGCCACCCGCCGACCCCCGCCCCCUCCGCGAACUAUCCGGAGCACCGCCGCCUGCGCCCCCUCCCCCACCUCCGCCCCCUCCUCCGGCCCUAGCCUCCGGCUUGCCGCGCCCGCCGCCCCCUCCCCCACCGCCCAGGGGUCCAGGGCCCCCGCCUCCGCCCCGCCCCCCUGGCGCGCCCCCUCCGCCUGCGCGCCCUGGCGCCCCACCCCCUCCUGGGAGGGGCAAGGCGACAGCGAGGCUGCCCUGGGGGGACCGGCGGGGGUGCGCGCGCUCGAGUUCCUGUUCCGCAACAAGGCCAAGAGGGGCACAGCAGGGGCCGCGGCGGAGGCGGUGGGCAAGCGCGGGCGGCGGGAGUCGGUGGUGAAGCUGAUCACGGUGACGCGCGCCAACAACGUGGCCAUCAUGCUCACGCAAUUCAAGAUGCCUGCGGGGGCUGUGCGCGAGUGUAUCUUGCGGGGGGCCGAACCGUCGGGGCCGGGCGCCGCCCUUUCGCUCGAGAAGCUGGGCCUCCUGCUGCAAGUGAUCCCCACGGAGGACGAGGUGGCGCUGCUGACCCGCUACGAGGGGCCCCCCAGCGAGCUGUCGGCGCCGGAGCAGUUCCUGGCCACCAUGGCGCAGGUGCCGCGCCUGCGCAACAAGAUCCAGGUGUUGAUCUUCACUCGCCAGUUCGGCGGCCUGGUGGCCGACACCGCGGUGGCCCUGCGCACAGUGCGCCGCGCGUGUGCACAGGUGCGCGAGAGCCACCUCCUGCGCCGCGUGCUGGCCGCUGUACUGGCAGCGGGGAACCACCUGAACUCCGGGUCCGCGCGAGGCGGCGCGGCCGGCUGCACCCUGGCGUCCCUCGCCAAGCUGGCCGACAUGAAGGCGACCCCCCCCGGCAAGGACGAAGCGCCCGUGGGCGCCGUGGGGCCCGCGGCCCGCGCGAGCAGCCUGCUCGAGUUCGUGGCCGCGGCGGUGGCGGCCGGUGGCGCGUCAUCGCAGGGGGGCCCCACCGAGCUGGCGGUGGAGCUGGGGGCGGUGGGGGAGGCGGCGCGCUGGACCAACGCCGCGCUGCUCGAGGCGCUCGCCGCCGUCGACCGCGGCCUGGCCGCCAUCGCCGACGAGUGCGCCGCCUGCGCCCCACGCGCACCACCAGCCGCUGGGGAAGGCAGCGCCGCCGCAGACCCCCCAAGCGAGAAGGGAAGCGCGGGGGCGGAGGAGGCAGACGGGGCGGAGGGCGGCGCCAGCGAGGCCGGGUUUGCGCGGCAGCUGCGCACGUUUUUGGCCGGGGCGGAGGUGCAGCGCGGGGAGCUGGUGGCGCUGGCGGACGCGUGCCGCGCCGACUUCCAGGCCCUGGCCACUUACCUGGGAGAGCCGCCAGCGACCGCAGCGCCGGAGGAGGUGCUGGGCAUGCUGUGGGCGUUCGCGGUGCAGUUCGACAAGGCCGCACGAGAGCUUCACCCGCCCCCACACAAGUAGGCCGGCCAUCCGCAAGCUCCCGCGCCAUCGCUGACAGGGUCGUCACUAGCCAACGGGGGUGGCCGCCCCCGCGCACGAUCCUUCCCCCCGUCGAGCUGGCGUCUCCGCGCGGCCACACCGGCCUCGGGCUCACCGGCUGCCGCCUCAGCACAGGGCGGACACGAAGAGAUGCCACAGGUGGGGGGCCAGGAACUCCUGCGCAAUGGACAGCCCAACGCUCUCUUUUGAAAGACUCAAGUAGGCCAGGGCAGCAUCGUGUGGCCUCUAACAGGGCGCCUCAUAGCCUCCCCACACAAGGGACGCUGGUGUACCGGGUGCCUUUUAUUGGGAUGUGACAUCUCGUCACGAUCAGCACCCAAAAGGCCAGCUGGAUCACGUUCUCCGGCUGCAAAGUAGAUGACAGUUUUGCGUUCGGCAGAUUUGCCCGCUUGGAUGUCCGCCAAGACACUUGCCUGAGACAGAAUGCAGAAGCAAGGGUAGCUGCUUGUUGCGGUCGUGACACAACUGCACAUGACCGCCGAGCAAGAUGAUGGCACUAGGGGUCUCCUCGAACUUGUACUAGCAUUGCGGGCUGACCUGGGCUAGAGCUAUACGUUGGCCAGGAUGCAUUGCCUGUUGCGCGCAUAUGUGUUCGACAGCCC